AUGAUCAUAAUCCAUAAUCUCAAGGUCUCCAGAGCCAUCAGAGAGAGUAAACUUGACGAACUUCCCAACAAGAAGGUUGUUAAGUGGCAGGCAGAUAAUUAUCUUCUACUAUUUAUUACUGUUGGCCUCAUGAUACCAAGCCUUAUUUGCGGAUGGUUUUGGAACGAUUACAUUGGUGGGUUGAUAUAUGCCGGAUUCUUUAAAACGGCUCUAGCGCAGCACUCUAUCUUUGCAACUAAUUCCUUUGGUCAUACCAUUGGUACUAGACCUUAUAAUGACUGCAAGUCUCCCAGAAACAACGUGCUGCUCAACUUGAUAACAUUGGGUGAGGGAAAUUUGAAUUUUCAUUAUGAGUUUCCUAUGGAUUACCGCAAUAGCAACGUUUGGUAUGAAUUCGAUCCUACUAGAUGGCUAAUUAAAUUACUUUGUUAUCUGCAUUGUGUCAAACAUUUGAAAAAGACUUCCAACUCGACAGUUGAAAUGUCUUAUGUUCAACAACAGCAGAAGUUAAUUGACAACAAACGUUCGCAAUUGAAUUGGGGGAUUCCGAUUGAAAAAUUACCAGUAUUCUCUCCUGAUGAAUUUCGAAGACUGGCCGAGAAAUCCCAGAACAGAUAUCUAGUGGUAGUUUCAGGGAUAAUUCAUGAUGUCACUCCUUUUGCAAAAGACCAUCCAGGAGGAUUGCCUUUAAUCAAAGCUGCACAUGGCAAAGAUGCCACCACUGCCUUUAAUGGUGCAGUUUAUCAACACUCCAACGCAGCAAGAAAUUUACUAGCUACAAUGCGCAUAGGGGCUUUGGGAGGCUCGGAGACCCUUUUCUGGAAACAACAGCGAAUAGAGAACAAGUCUGUUCCAAUAGAUAAUGACACCGACGGUAACAAGAUUGUGCGAAGUGGAGCUCAGGAAACCGUGAACAAAGUUUAUGGAGGCACUGCCGAUGCGGCCUGA